AAUAUCAGUCUCGCAGCUGCUCCCUCUCCGUCCUCUCUUCUCUCUUGCCAUAAAAAUAUCGUUUUUCUUUCAAUUUCAUAAUUUAAUUUAAUAAUUGACUGAUUAAUUAAUUACCGUGUAUUACGUUACGUUUCCUGAUAAGUUGAAUUUCUAUCAAGUAAAACCUAGAUUUGUGAAAGUCAAAACUUCAGUAAGUCGCAUAAUAAUAAUAUAACGAGUGUAAAGCGUAAAAAGUAAAAAGAAAUGGCGAAUUCUAACCGUUUGAGAUGGAUGUGUGAAAUUUGUGAAGAUUAUCUCCCUCACGAGCCGGCAAUUGCGUUACACAUUUUAGAAAAGCAUGAGAUAAAUAUUCUUAUACUUGAGGACGACGUUACGAUGGGGUUAUUGAAACUCAAUUUAUCAAAAAAAUCUCAAUUUUGGCAAAGAGUGGAAUUUUUUGGUUCCAAUGUGCCAAUGUUUGACGACUUAUCUAUAGACGAGGAAAAUGAAAAUGGCGACGUUGACGAAAAAAUUGAAGUUUAUGAUCACAUGGAUGACGAUGAAGAGCAAGUGGAUGAUGAAGAUGACUUAAUUGGCGAUUCCGAUGACCGCACCGCAACAGCGAUUACAGACACUCCGCUUCAAACGUGUUAUAUCUGCGAGGGGAAAUUCCCACAAAAAAAGCCUUAUACGCCCACCGUCAAGAACACAAAGGGGAAAAACCUUUCAAGUGCGGCACGUGUUCUGCAGGCUUUGCAUUCUGGACAUUCCUUAAGAUGCACGAGCUCACUCACACCCCCCAAUGGCCAGAAUUGGAGAACGAUUCUAAAAAAUUGGCCGAGCUGAGUCGUGGAUUCAUGCGGCAGAGAAGAAAUUGGCGAAGGGAGGUGUACCAGCCGCCCAAAAUUAUACAGUGUCCCCACUGUCCACGGACGUGCAACUGGCCGGCCCAAAUGAGAAGACAUAUAGUAUGGCAUAAAAGCGAAAAACCAUUCGUCUGUCCCAAUUGCAGUUCUGCUUUUCGAGUGAAUAGCUCAUUAUCUACACACUUAAAACAAUCAAUGCACCAAAGUGAUUCUGACCACUUUCACACGCCAAUUCUCAUGUGACCUUUGCACCACGAGACUCAAAUCGGAGCGAGGACUGAAAAAUCAUCGCUGGACUGUGCACGCGAUUCGGCCACAGAGGUCCGAAAAGGAGACAUUUGUCUGUCCGCAGUGUAACUACGUCGCGAAGUCAGAAAAUAAUUUGAAAAAUCAUCUGAACAAACAUACCGGAGUGAAACCACAUUCUUGCGAGGCGGGGUGCGGUGCAAAGUUUUCGGUCAAGGGGAACAUGUUGGCGCAUGUACGGUCGCGUUGCACUAUUGCAAGGCAGACUGGACUCGCUGCAAAAUUCCAGGCCAACCAGGACGAGGCUUUGGCAAAGAAGAAGAGCUGGAAAGUGAUCCCGGGUGGGAUGGAUUGCACAGCGUGUGGAAAAAAGUGUACAAGCUUAGGUCAAUAUGAGGCACACUACCGCACUCAUGGGUCAGGGAAGUGUAAAUGCAGUAUCUGUGCGGUCGGAUUUGAACAUUCUUCAAGCCUUGGGAUGCAUCGGAAGGAGGCUCAUCCUGAAUUGUUGGUCGUGCAAUGUGUCCAAUGUGAGGAAAAGUUCCAGGACGAGACUAUGAUGAAAAAUCAUCUGAGGAAGGUUCACCGUUUGAAAAGAACUAUAAGACUCCCGGAGACUAAGGUAGGAGGAAGAGGAUGCGAAGACGAGGCCGAGGUAGUGGACUGUAAUACCAAUAAUGGUCAAGAUGUGGAUCCCUUAAUGUUUUAAAGAGGUUACACAAAUGUAUUAUUAAUAUGAAUACCGAUUAUAAUUCAAAAUAUUAUUAUUUAGUGUGUAAUAAUGCUGUUUUGUCUUACAAAUCUUUUUUUUUUGGAUUGUGCUGGCUCCUAGAAUUUUGAAAUUUACUCAACGUGUAUGCUAACAAAUAAUUUAUUUCUUAUAUAUAACUUUAACUUCAUAUUUGUGAGUAUUUCCUGUAUGACGGGGUUCGAUUGUUCUUUUGAAUUGUAAUGGCUAUGAAUUUUUGCGAAUAAUAAACCAAAACUAUACUAUACUAUUUUAUGUAAUACUAAAUUAAUACGAUGUAGAAAUUAAAAUUACUUUGCAAACUUGA